CUUUACUGAAGUAUGGGUAGGAAUUUUAAUUUCUCAGAUGAUCCUUUAACUGAGGCCCCACGUGCACCCUCAAAGGAACGUUUUUUUUUUAAAGUCACGUGGUACAAGGAUCUGAAAGUUUAUGGGGGAGGAGCAGAUAAAUAGAGUUGAGGCCUCAAUCAUGGUCUACUGAACAGCAGGGUGGAACUGAUUUGGUUAAAUGAUGUGUUGAGCUUUUGUUUACAUACACAAGUGCUACCAUAUGGAACUGUGCAACUUUCCCACCACCAAAAUCACCUUGGCUUUUUUUAAAAACUACCGCCAGUAAUCAUCUGUGUAGUUAAUUAAAUAUUUAUGUGCAGAGCCUGGUAAGUGCAAUGCAAGCUAUCAAAAAUGAACAGGGGGUUAGGGUGAGAGGGAAGGGUCUAAAUCAAAAUGGAUUUGUGCUCUUGUUUCUUAUAAUUACUAUUAAAACCAGAAUAGGUAAAGGUGACUUGGCUCAUACUUAUCCUUCAACCAAUGACUCCAAUUAUCUGGUUAUCUACCUUUGCUGUUUAUGGGCCUUGCCUGUGCAAAUUGUCUGCUGCAUUUCUCUUGCACGAAUAACUGCAUAACUAAUGUGUUUUAAGCAAAAUACUACCAAUGCUGGAAAUCUGCAACAAUUACAGAAAAUGCUAGAGGCAUCACCUGAAUUCUGAAGACUAAUUAUAUUGGACUCGAAACGUUAACUUUGUUUCUCGCUCCACAGAUGCUGCCAGGCUUGCUGUGGUUCUCCAGCAUUUUCGGUGUGCAUUUCAAAUAUAUUUUUGGUUGUAAGAGUACAAGAUUCUGCAAGACACUAUAAUAAAGCAUUUAUUUUUCUUAAGUAUCGCAAUUUUAAAGGUCAGAACAGCAUGGAACAAUUAAAUGUAUUGCGAUUUUUAUGGAUUAUUAGAUCAUACCUGGCGCUAUUCUAAACCUUUUGAUUUAAACCAGGACUGGAAGCACCAAGUUAUUCGUGGCUUACAGAUGUUUAAAGAGUACGAGACAAGUAAUCAGUUGUAUUUUUAAAGUGACUGCACCGUUAAGCCCCAGGGAGUUCCCCCACGAUGUGCGCCAACCUCGCACAAAACUACCAUUCAAAGAUAAAUGCAAGACAUGUUUUCCGAGACAAAAUUAUCGAGCCAGGUUGUGGGAACAUGCAGUGUUUUCACAGUAUUAACCCCUUAUUCACAACAUGCGGAAACCGAUUUCUGUCCUUUUUUUGUGGGGGGUGUGAGUUCGUUUGAGGGUAGGGAGCCGAGUCCAUGUUAAAACCUCCCUCCUGACGAGGGGAAAAGGUGUGGUGGAAACCGAGCCGGAGAAAGACAUAUUCCUCAUGUCGACCGGCUGCCGGGGCAGAGAACCGUACCACAAUGCAGGCGGGUUCCAAUGAGGUUUGGCUGGUCCUUCCCCCUCGGCUUGGGAGUUCUGAUUUCCAGCGGGACACCCCCCCGUAAUUGUGUCCGGCCGAAUGCGGUUACUUUGCUGUCAGUGGCAGUGCAGGGUGUGACUGUAGCACUGGGCUGAGGAGAUGCAGAAUGUAGCGGGUUCUCCCCAGGUAGCGGGUGGUUUCUCCCAGAUGUCUGCCUGGAACAGUGUGUCAGCCCCAGCGACAUUGUUGCCACAUCACUGCCGGGUUAGAUAGUUACAAAACAGCAGUUUCCCGUCCUGCUGACAUCGUAUCCGGGAAACCCACCUAACGGGACGUGAUUUAAUUAUUUUUGAGGAGAAUCUCUCUCUCUCUCUCAUUCUAGUCCCGUUACUCGGCCACUGUAGCUUUGUUUCGUGCCUUCCCUCUGAUAUGAAAUUGCUCGCUUUCCUCCACCACUGACUGCGAGCAGCGAAGACGAAAGGAUGAUGCCGAGCUGAUCACUGGGGAUUUCUUUUAAUUGUCUCUGGCCGAGUUAAUAUCGCACCCCCGUGUAGCCACAGCGUUCCCGGCGACGUGAAGAUGUUCCACAAACGAGUCGAGAAUAAAACGGGCUGGUGUUCAUUCGGCGGCACGAUGCAAUGACACUUGCUGGUAUUGCUCCUCAGCAGACACUCUGAAAUGAAAUUUCUCGGGGAAAUGGAUGGCUGGUUGCUCUAUGUCUGAAACGUAGGAACCACCGCCCGGUGCUUUUUUUUUCACCUGUAAUUGUAUUCAAUUUAACGAGGAUUGCCCUUAAACUGGGGACAAAGAAAACCACGGAACACUCAAUUGUACGAUAAAUGCUGAAUUUUAAUCAGUUAUUGCAGAGUGUUUAUGUUUAUGGAGUGUUAUUAGUUAAACCGUGAACAUAAUAUCAAGACUGGAAGUGGCGCCGCCCUCAUACACGUCCAGAUAACGCCUGAGUUUUUUUAACCCUGAUUUGACGCCAGAUAGAUGGAGAUCCACAAAUGACUGACAGUCCAACAUUAAUGCGGGAUACAGCAAAACUGUAAAGGCAGCUGUGUACAUUAGGUGGUUUGAUUGCACGCACGGAUUUUGGUUGACUUCCUGCCGGCCUGGUUAUUUGAAGCUUUGCUGCGGAUACGUUAUUUAUUAUUGAUACAAACGAGCUGGCCUUUUAAUUGUUAUCCAGAACCCAGUGUCAAAGCCCACGUAGACUUAAGGCUGUGACAUUUCUAUUUACCUUUUAACACCGUGACUGGUUGGGUUUUUUUGUGCAUUUUACCUCCUUUUAGUGUACAGUCAAGUACAAGCUGGAGAAUGAAGGAGGUUUGUAGAAUCUGUGCCCGGGAACUGUGUGGUAACCAACGGCGAUGGAUCUUUCACACAGCUUCCAAACUAAACCUACAGGUUAUCCUGUCUCACGUACUGGGUAAAGAGGUAUCUCGAGAUGGCAAGGCAGAGUUUGCUUGUAGCAAAUGUGCAUUCAUGUUAGACCGUAUCUACAAAUUUGACACAGUUAUUGCAAGGAUUGAGGCCCUGUCUAUUGAGCGUUUGCAGAAGUUGCUCGUAGAGAAGGAUCGUAUCAAGUACUGCAUAGCUAGUCUAUACCGUAAAACUAAUGAGGAGCCGAGUACUGACAACAAGGGGGAGGAUGUUGCAGCGGAGAGCUCCACCCUGCCUGAUGUUCGGUACCAUGCUCUGCUACAGGAUGACUUUGUAUAUUCUGGAUUUGAAUCAUGGACAGAGCAAGGUGAGGAGGCCAUGGAAACGCACAGCUGCCAGACUUCAGAUACCUCCGGCUACAAAUCCCGGAAGUGUCGCAGCUGUUCAGCCUUGCGUGUAACUGAUGCAGACUAUGAAGCAGUUUGCAGAGUACCUCGGAAGUUGGCAAAGACUGUUUCUUCUGAUCCUUCCAUGAAAUGUGGAAGUAGUGUGGUGGGCAGCACAACUGCUGAGGAAGGUCUUGCAAUGCCAGUCAUAUGUGAAACUAUGCCCAUUGGGCAGUGUGAGUCUAGGACAUCUGUCUAUGCUGACUCACUGGAUAAAAUGUCUCCAGCCUCUUCUGUUGAAUCUCUUGGUCCUACGGUGGAGUCCUGCCCUGGGCACACUGGUGAAGCAGCACAAGUGGAAAAAUGUGCCAAAGACGACAAAAGUCCCAAAUCAGACUUUUCUGAUAGCCAAGGAACCCAUUCUUUGUUGCACAGACUAAAGCUAGACUUCAUCCUUAGCUUAGUGAAGAAUGUUGAAUACAGGCCUAUAUCAAGUCCAAAAGGCAGCAGAUUGCCAAUUCCAGUCAGGCCUGCUCUACUGGGGUCUCAAUCAAGUGGUACUUCGGUGGAUGGGAUUUCCAGGUCUCAUUUACAGAACAAUAGUUAUGAAUUUGUUAACAAAGAGCCCCUCAGGAUGCACCUUACCUUUGACGUGGCAGAUUUUGAAGAACUCUUUCAGGACAUCCUAGAUGAAUAUAUUCCAAUUUGUACCCAGAACCUGAUUGAGGAGCAGCAGCAGCAGUUGAACCAGUAUGAGUCAGCAGCUGGACAAUGUGUCACUGAACUACAGAAAGCCCAGGCCCAGGUACAUGGGCUGCAGGGCAGAAUCCAGGAGACUGAGUCUGCCAACAAGAUGCUGCAAGAGAAUCUAAGAGAAAUGGAAAGUGAAUUAAAGGAAAUGCGUUACAAACUACAGAAGCAGGAUCGAACCCAGCUGGAGCUGAAAGAGGCUUUGAGAAGCAAGGAGAAGGAAGUUGAAGAGCUUUAUUGUGUCAUCGAUGGUCAGAAUGAGAAUCAAUCCAAAUUGAGGGAAAUGCUUCACAGAUGUCAGGUUGAAAACCUGAAGCGUUGUGCAUCCUGUCAGUGUACUGAUGGACAGCUGGUACCACCACAUGCCCAACAACAAGCUGAGCUGCUGGAACUGCAAAACGCCUCCUUUUCCAAUCAGCUGGAGUUGCAGCAAAAGCAGAGGCUACUUCGGCAGAAGGAAUACCAGCUCAUUGAAGCCAAACAGAGAAAAGAACUUCUUGAGACUGAACUCAAGGAGAUGCAUCAGCAGAAGGAAGCUACAAUCACUCACAAUCAAGAGCUGCACAACACAUUGCAACAAGUCCGGCAGGCCUACGUGGAGAAGGAACAUCACUAUCAGGCCCUGGAAAGAGAGCAUCAGCGUGAAGUUGCUGUCCAGGAGGAGAACAUCCAGUGCCUGAAAGAGCGGUUACAGGACAAGGAACAUUUCUUGCAGCAAUAUAUUGAACUCUUUGAAUGCCAGCAGAAUGAAGAACAAAGUGGAGAAGAAAGAGAUGUGCUGGUAGAUAAACUGCGAGAGCGAAUCAAGGAGAGAGAUAAAGCUUUAGAGUAUGCCAUUGAUGAGAAGUUCAGUACUUUGGAAAAAAAGGAGAGUGAAAUACAGCAGCUGCACCUGGUUAUACGUGAGAAAGAAAAGGAUCUGGAAAGAUUUCGCUGCAUCUUCUCCAACAAUGAAGAGACUAUCAAUAGUCUGGAGAGCCUCAUGAAAGGGAAAGACCUGGAAUUAGAGCAGAUUAUGAUGGCAUACAAGAAACUCCAUUGGCUGAAGCAGGAGAUGGAGGCGAAGCAUGUUCGUUUCUUGAAGGAAAAGGACGCGGUCAACAGUCAGCUGCAGGCAGCACUGCACAACAGCAACAAGGAGGUUGAGGACCUGACCGUAAUGUUGAUGAGCAAGGUUAGCGCUGGGUCUGAUAACAUGAUGGAACAGCUGAGGCUUCGGCUGCAGCUGAAGGAGCGAAUGCUGCAGGAAGUGUUAAAAGAUAGAAGCAUGUUGACAAUUGAUCAUGAGCAAGAGGUGGCAGAGCUGCUGCAAACCAUCAACUCCCGUGAUCAGCAGAUGAAGGAUGCAACAGAGAAGUUGAUACAUACCUUUGCAGAGAAGAACCAUGAGCUUCAGACAUUGCGCCGCCAGCUGGUUGAAAAGGAUCGAGAAGCAGCAAACUUCACCGAGCAGAAUGUGUCCUCAUUGGAGAUAACAACAGAAAUAGCCCACCUCAAAGAACUUCUCCAGGAAAAGGAUCGAAUAAUCCAUGAGCUGGUGCAGGAUUAUCAGAGCAAGAAUGAGCCUGCCUUCCAAACUGAGAAAAUGGAAGCUUCUGAGCCUAUUGACACUCAGCAGAAAGCAAAUGGAAGGGAAGCAGAACAGCCAACUUUAGAUGGAGAUGAAGCAAUGGCUGACCCAGAACAAGAAGAUAUCAAGCAGAUUGAGCUGGACCAGAUAAAAGAGGAACUGCAGCUUGCUUUGAGGAAAGAGAAAGAAACUAGGCUUGAGCUGACCAGACUGCAAUCUGUACUGUCCAACCAGGGAAGAGAGUUCCAGUGUCAGACUGUGGAGAUCGAAGUUCUCUCAAGCAACAUUCCUAUCAAUGAGGAGUGUACUAAGGAUCUGCAAAUGCAACAGGUACAGCAAUGUGAAUCUCCAGAAAUGGAGAGGCAUAAGCAGGAGCUCCUGGUCUUGAGGGAACAAGUGGCAGAAAUGGAGUCAUCUACACAGGAAAACAUAAGGAAGAAGCACCAUCAGCUGAUCUGGGCCCUCGAAGAGCAAGUUCAGGAACAGUUACGAUUGAGUGAAGCUCUUAGAUCUGAACGACAACUCUACAUCAGUCUUGUUAAAUUCCACAAUCAAACUGACAGAGAAGAUACGUUGCAGGCCGAGCUUUUGGCUAUACAGGCACUCCGUGGACAACUGGAAGAGGCCCUCAGGAGGAGUCAGGAGCAGAUCAGCCGUCUGGAGAGAGAAUCUGAGAUGCCAGCAGAUUCUGGAGAGCACCAAAGGGAGAAUGCAGCAGGUGAUGGGAGCGGUCAAUGUGCAGACAAUGCCCAUCAUGAUGUGUUGAAAAAGCAUCUAACACUUAUGGAGCAGAAUCAGCAGAAAGCUUUGUCUGAUUCUAGACUUAAAGAAUUUGAUGGAAAAACAGAUAAUAGUAUGCUGUCUCACAUUACGUUGGCCAACACUACAGAUAGUCUCGUCCAGCUCCAGAAGAUGAAACUCGAAAUGCACGGAUUAAUAGAGCAGAAAAAACUGGUUGAAGAUGAACUAAAUGAACUGAAGGCACAGAUUGAAGCAUCUGGAUACACCUCAGUGCUUGAGAUGAGAAAUGCAUUACUUAAUCUGAAUUCAGAGAAUGCUAAGCAGAAAGAAAGUGUGAGAGAGGACCGAUCGCUGCGGGUAUGUUGGAAGGAAGGAAAGGAAAAUCUGAAUUCGUUGGGCCAGAGUGAGGAGAUCAGAAAAUUAACAGUGAAGCUCCAAAACUCGGAGACUAUCAUCAGUCUUUUGAAAGAACAGCUGGAACUUAACUCUUCCCAGACUGGAGAAGGACACUUUAAUCCUGAGCUCAUUGUAAAUAUGGCGAAAGAAAUUGAGCGACUGAAAUCACAGCUUAGUUUAUCCCAGACACAAGAUUCAAGGAUCGGGGCAUAUACUCAUGACAGAGGAACUAAGAGAGCCAGACCUUACUCAUUGGAUCUUGGAACUCUGUUGUCACAAAGCAACAAUGAAACCCCAAGUGUGAAUGCUGUUGCUCAGCAGGUAACUUUGCAAGGUCUCAGCCCAUGGCAUCAUGCAAAUUCAAGUUUGGGGCAGCAGUCCAGUCUUCGACAACAGUCCAAUCGGCUUCAGACUGAGCUAGCUGAAUACAGACAACAGAACAAGGAGUUGCAGGAGAAACUUGUAGUUACCGAGGCCACGGUCAAGGCCCAGGACAACCAGUUGCAACAAUACAGAGACUUACUCACUGAAUCAUCAGUGGAACAGGAGAGUAAACAGGUGCAAGUGGAUCUGCAGGAUCUUGGUUAUGAGACUUGUGGAAGAAGUGAAAAUGAAGCAGAAAGAGAGGAAACCAGUAGCCCAGAAUACAGUGAAGCUGAUUUACAUCUGCACCCAUGCUACAAGGAGAAUAUGAUCCAGCAACAUUCUUCACUAGAGAACCCAGGCUCCUCGACCUCAAACACUGCUUUUUCUCUCCCAUUGUCAAUGAAGUCCUGCCUCAGAAAAGGACUGUCCAUUAAAAAUGGUGGGAAACCAAAUGAAAUUGCCAUGCUACAACAACAUGUCAGUGACCUUAAGGAACAACUGACCGAAUCCGACAAGAUCAUCCGCAGCCUGCAGUCUCGUAUCCGCUCCUUCUCCACAACCAGUGAUUAUGCCUCCAGCCUAGACCGGCCACAUAACAUUGUCCUGGGUGACAUGUUUCAGUCACUGCAGUUUGAUGAGCUGUUUGAUGAUGAUGUCUGGCAGUCUGAUGGAGGUGACCAUUGCCCAGUGAUGACGCAGUCCAAUACUGAGAUUAAGAACCUCAUUCACCGGGUGACCACAUUAGAAUCACAGCUAAAGACUGCCAAAAUGACAGGUCCUUCAUCUAAAGCUGCUUCUUGGUCAGGGAAAUAUGACUGCUUAAUCCAAGCCCAAGCACGGGAGCUGUCUCACCUCCGUCAAAAAAUGCGUGAAGGCAGGGGCAUAUGCCACAUUCUGAAGCAACAUCUGGGAGAUACCACCAAGUCCUUUGAGGAGUUGCUCAGAUCAAAUGAUAUUGAUUAUUAUAUGGGACAGAGCUUUCGAGAUCAGCUAGCACAGGGGAGCCAAUUGGCAGAGAGAAUCACUCUCAAACUGGCUGGUCGCGACCCUUUUGAUAAAGGAGACCAAGAGCUGCUUGUUGUCAGACUGAACAAAGAACUUCAACAGAAGAACAAGCUCAUUGAAUCCCUCAACUGCAAAUUACAGAGUCGAGCAGACACUCCGUCCAGCAGCCAUGUUCUCUCAGACUCUGAGCAGUCUGACAGGGCAUCGCUCGCAUCAGAGGAACAGGAUUCUACCAAUGAUGACCUGCAAGUUUUUCAUUAUGAAGUUGAUUCGAGCAGUGAGUACUCUCACAAUGAUCAGCAGAGAGCAGAGCUUGAAACAUGUACUACAGCAGAUGAUCAAAGUAAUUGUGAAAAUCCAUCCCAACAUUCAUCUCUCGCAUCUGCUUCAUCACAUGAAAAUCAGCCAAAAGGCAGUGCCACCAUCACACCCUUACAGCAACCCUGCACGGACACCGUUAAAUCAGAAAAAGGCCACUAUUGCAGCAGUGUGACACCAAGCACUAAUACCUGUCAGGCUUCAUAUUGUGCUGACUUCCCUUGUCAGUUCAGAAGCUUGCCCUUUGGCCCAGCUUACCCCACAGCCUCAACAUUUUCCCUGGCCGAGGUCCAGCAGGAACUUCAAAUGCUGCAAAGACAGCUGGGAGAAAAUAUGACCUUUUCUGGGACAGGCACCUGUAUGUCUCCACAUUUAGGACAGGUUGGCUGUAUCUCUCAGUCCCACAAUGCACUUCACCAACAGCAAAGCAAUACCAACAACUUGCAGGAGAUCUUGCGAACCAGUAAUAGUUAUUUGGACAACAGUGCUCUCUGGGAAACAACUAUUCGACCAGUGAGAAUUGGUACAGUUGGGGAUUUGUCCUCUGGAUCAUCAGGAUACCAAUCGGGCACUAACAUGGCAGGUGCAGAGUUGCUGGAAGAACAUCUUCGGGAGAUUCGUACAAUGCGACAACGCCUAGAGGAGUCUAUCCAUGCAAACAACCGACUUAGGGAGCAACUCGAAAUGCGUCUGGCUGCUGCAGCCAUGGAAAAUGCUGGUGCUCCAAGCAACACCUACAUCCAGGGACUGGAAACAAUGACUCAACUGUCAGAAGAAAACCGAAAAAUGAGAGAAGAGAUUCUGACUCUGCAGAGCCGGCUUUCUCAAGUGCCCAUGGAACAGGCCAAAGAAAUGGAGCAACUGAGGGAGAGUCUGUUAGCAAUCAGGGCUAGAUAUAAGCUGUUGGAGACAGAGCUGGAUCAGUGGAGAGAAGAGAACAACAGAUUGCAGGCCCAAGUCAGGGACACACAGGAGGAAGCACUACAGCUCAGAGAGCAACAGCAAUGCAGCCAAAACAAAAACAAAAGGCUUUUGCAGGAGAUCACUAUGCUACAACAGCAACUAAGUGAAAGUCACCAGCUACUGCAUUCUCUCCAGUCUGAGAUUCAAGUGUAUGAGAGGCUGUAUGGAAAGAAGAAACCUUUCCAAGUUUACUCUGGAAGUGCUCAGCCCCACAGUGACAUCCGUGACUUCCUAACCCAAAUCAGAGGCCUUCGGAUUCAGCUGGAGCACAGUAUCCAUACUAACGGCUGCCUACGGAAACAGCUGAAAGAACAGAUGGAUGAACAUCGACCAGCCAAUCUUAAUAUCAAUCAUUCAUCAUCUAGCGAACAUGGCAACAGUAAACAGAUGUUCCAGGAUUGUGUGCCAUCGCCACCUGUUCGAGACACUGGCUUGUUCUCGCCAUUCCAAAUGCACUCAAAGGCAACUUCAUCAAUGGAGGAUUUUAAAAUGGAAGACAUAUCACGUCAACAUGAUGGUUAUUUCAGCGAUUCCAUGAGCCAGGCCUCAUGCUCUGGAAUAGAUGAUGAGUUUGCCAAGAAGAAUGGCUGUCAUGUGAUUGGGCAUAUUGAUGACUACAAUGCACUUCAACAGCAGAUCAUGGAGGGCAGAAUAUUGGUUCAGAGAAUGGAGUCUAUUGUCCAAUCCUGUGUUAAUGCUGCUUUUCUAGAAAUUAAUGGAUCUAAGGAUUUGGAUCAUCAGACUGUAAAGCAACUGUUCUCCAAUACUAACACUUUGCGCCAGAUCCUGGAUGAAACUUGCUCCUUACUGAAGAUGUUCUGGAGAGCUGCUUUACCACAUUCAGAUGGUGCUAUGCAGGAGCAGUCAAUGAAGGAAGAGAUAUGCAGGCUGAGAAAUAAGAUAACAGAACAGGAAAGCCUGCUGCAGAAUGCAAUCAGUCGGCUGAAGGCUACAAAUCAAGUGAAGGAAGGAAUGGAGCAGUUCAUUGUCAAUCAGCUAACAAGAACACAUGAUGUUUUGAAGAAGGCAAGGAGUAAUUUGGAGUCUGUUCAGGUGAAUGAUUGCACAAUUGCUGGUGUAAAACCCUCCCUGAAUGACGACAAAGCAGAAAUCUCAAAGCUUGGUUACAGCUGUUCCAGAAGCUGGAACUUCAUGAAUUCUACUUAUCCAGAAGCUGAAGCAAGAAGUCUGGGACAAAGUUCACUGUCUGGGAAGGGUGGAAGAUAUGGCCACAAGAUAGUUUAAGUAGAAAACUUAAGCAGCCACCAUUUUAUUGGUUUGUUUUCUCGUUCGAAAGACAACACAAUAUUAGAAUCUUAUCCAACAAAAAUAAUUUAGUCCCACAACAUUUGAAAACAAAAGUAAAUUGCAUCCUUUGUGUUUCCAGAAAGAACUAAGCUACAUAGUUUGAACCUAACAGUGACUUCCUUCUGAUUCUACAUAAAAAAAAAUGUUUAACUUUCUAUUUCAAAUUUUUACCUAAACAGAAAAGUUAUUGGUGAAAGGAUCUUGGUAUCUUGUGCCCCCACAAAGGCUAUGAAGCUUACAGCCUAAUUUAAAAUGCAAUCUUAAAGGUAUUGAGAAAUUUAAAAAGAAAUGUAUUUCAGAAGUCUCAAAAUCUACUGAAAAUUCUGGUCGAGUUAUUUGUAGUAAUAUAUAUAUUACUACAAAUAUGUUUAUUGUGGAGACAAAGAAUGUACAUCAAGAAAUAUUGAGCCUAAUGGUAGCUUUGGUAAAUAUUGUCCUGAUUUGAGUUUGUGCAAUUUAAAGCAGAAAAGUCUAAUUUGGUAGUGACUGGAAAUAUACCUCCCAAUAUUUGCUGCUAAGUGGAAUGCUCACUGAGUAAUCAUUAAACAAAAAGUAUGUGCAAUAAGUUUGCCUUUGAGGCCAACUGCUGCAAUGUGAGCUUUAUCAAGCACUGGAAUAAGACAAAACAAAUUUAAAAACCUUUAACAAUAUCUUGCAUUGUAAAUUUUACUUUACAGCUUUGAUUUAAUAAUGUUGUAUAGUGGUUGAGAGUACGGUACAAAGUUAAGACAAGGCUGGAUGACAUUGUAUUUUCUGCUGUAGAUUAUUAGAAAUAGAGAAUUUAGCACUGGUAUUGUUUUUGCCUGCACUGUAUAUACAGCAUGGUGCACAUAUAAGGUCAAUAUGUAUGCUUGGGUAUCUAAUACACAAACAAAAGAAUGGGCUUGUAAGAAUUAAGGCAAUUCAAUAUAUAUAGAAAACAGAUGUGUAUGAAAGGUCAUUCUGUGUAAUAUACACAAUACAUCUGUAUACACACAAGGAUUUUUGGGCUAGUUGGCUUUAUAAUUCAAGACCCAGAACUUCUGUUCUUUAAACAGUUGGACACCAGACACUAAGUGAUUAUUGGCAACUUCCUAGUGUUUGGAGCACACAAUGACAAUGUUCCCAAUUCUGAGACACAAUGGGGUUUUCCUGCAUUGGAAGUUUGACCCAGACCCAAAAGUCCUGGGAUGGUAAGUACUGUUGGUAAUGUUUGCCCAAUCUGGGUCAGAAAAUAGGAAUUUUGGUCCAGAUUAGACAAUUUGGGUCAUUAUGUAAUAUAAGGUGCCAUUUUUCUAAUUACUGAAAAAGUUCUGCAGCUUGAGAAUUUUCCCCAUGUGGCUCUAUAGUUGAAAAUUAUGGUUUCAAUGGAUCAUAAUUAUUAAAACUGUUAAUCUGGUUUUCAUGGAGAAAAGAUGACUUUUCAGUAUUCAGAAUUUGUUUGGGGUGCCAAAGCAUGUGUUUGUGAUUUGUUUUGCAUGGUCAUUGUAUAUUUAAUGACUUUAUUUAAAGCCAGGGAUCAAGAAAGACUGGGGUUGGUUGUCAGGAAACUCAAGAAAAACAAAAUAUUUUCCAUGAUCUAAACAAAUGAUGAUUGAUCACUGAUGUUUGUUAAUAAUUCAGGGUUCCUGUACACAGUCUAUUUUGCACAGGCAUCUCCUAUGGCACCACUGUAUAAAGCGUAUAUACUGAUCAUUAUGUAGUGUCUUUCAGGUUGUAUAUAUUUUCCCAGUGUAUAUACAUUCAUUUGUAUAAUGGAUUGUAGCAGUGUAUGUAUGACACAAUUCUGGGAAAUAAAGUUGUGUUUUUCCUGGAUUGUUUUGCGAAAGCCAUUCUGUGAAAACCUAAAGAGGUGUGGUUAAUGUAUUAAACAAGUUUGUUUUCUUCUCAUGGUCCAAAUAAUAGACAUUAAAUGCUCAGUGCCUGUUGACUCCUUA